UUUUCAUUCCAAUUCACCACAACCACACCAUAACAUAACCAUACCAUAGAAUGACCCCUUUCCUUUCAUAGUGAGACUGUUAUAAUAAAACUAUUUUCUUGUUGUGAGUAGUGAAUCCUUAAUCUGGGGAGGAUGAGAUAGGUCAUCAUUGCAACAGUUUUUAUCUAUUUUCUCUUUCUUUAUAGUAUUUUAUUCAAUCAACAUGAAAAUUAUAUCUCGUAUUGGAGUAUUUGGAAGUGUAACUUGUACAGGUUAUCUGUUGGGCAUUCUAACUGAGAGAAGUAAGCGUAAUGCUUCUGCAGAUUUAAAUGUUCCCAGAAAUUUUCCAGGGUUACCUCUUUAUGGAUCUGUCUCCGCCGCAACACCAGUAAUAUCAAACAGUAACCCAGUCACUGUGCAAGAAAUUUCUCCAAGUUCUAAAAGUCGAGUUGGACAAAUCAUGAAAUAUGGGUUUCCUAGCUUGGACAAUGUUCGCUCGUUAGAUGACUAUGUCUUAGCAUAUGAUAAAAGAAACCGAGUAGCAAAUUGGGUAUUUGAACAUCUAACAUAUGAGCGAGUAAAACACAAUGACGCGGUAGAUCGUUCAAAGUGUCAGUUUACAGAAGAUACAUCUAUUCAUGACUAUUUUAGAUCAAAAAAUACUGACUAUAAAGGUAGCGGUUUUGACAGAGGUCACCUCGCUGCUGCUGGCAAUCACAGGGUGUGCCAGAAAGAUGUUGAUCAAACGUUUCUGUUGUCAAACAUGGCACCUCAAGUUGGUGUUGGUUUUAACAGAGACUCUUGGAACCGGCUGGAAAAGCAUGUGAGAAGACUUACACGCACCUAUCCAAAUGUAUAUGUCUGCACAGGACCAUUAUAUUUACCGAAGGUUGAAGCAGAUGGAAAGUCCUACGUGAAAUACCAAGUUAUUGGUGUAAACCAUGUUGCAGUGCCAACUCACUUUUUCAAAAUAGUUGUAAUGGAAACCAGUGAUAACAAACUGCACAUGGAAGCUUACGUUAUGCCAAACCAGAAAAUAGAUGAUAAGACUCCUCUCAACGUAUUCUUGGUUCCUCCAGAGAGCAUAGAAAGAGCUUCAGGCCUCCUAUUUUUCGACAGAAUGUCCAGAAGCAAUUUAGUUCAAAUUAAUGGAAGAAAAACAACUUAUGUGUGAUAUAUACAGGGAAUACUUCAAGAAUCAGUAGUAAAUCAUUGUUUCAGAUUAAUUAUUGUUGUUGUUAUGGAAGUAGCUUGUUUUAAUACACAUUAAUGGAAAGAAAACAACUUACGUGUAACAUCGGUAGAGAAUCAUUUAGAUGGGGGCAGUAACCUACAAAGAAGACGAACAAAGAAUUAAUAAUAAAAUAUGUAUAUAUUUCAGAUGAAUUUAUUGUUCACUUUGUUGUUAUAAACUAGUUUUAUUUUGUUGUUUGACAAGAUCUCAUUAUAGUAAAAUGUACCUUGAUUGUGCUACUUAAAGUGGCAUGAAAUAUAGUAAAUUUAUUGUGUUUUUACAAUAAAUGAUAAUUUUGAUA